GUGAGGACGGUUGAGGCAGGUGAGAGGAAGUGACCGCCAGGUGUAUCCGUCUUCCUCCCGUCUUCCUACCUCCUCUCCUCCUCGCCUCCCUCACCCAGCACACAUCACUUCAUCUUGCAACCAACAGCAUCCUACACCGAGAUGGCUUCCCAAAAGGAAGUGAGCCAGGGAGCACACACUGUAAGGGAGUAAGCAAACCAAGGGAGCAGUAUUCAUCACUCAUCAACUGACCUGAGCUAGAGCACCACAGACAUGAACAGACCAGUGGUGCCAUCGGAGGGAAGAGGUGGUGCCCAGCCUCUCAAACUUGGUGGAUAUCUGAACACAGCAGAGAUUAGUGAACCAUCAGAAAACACCACUUUAGUCCUCUCUUCCUCAAUACAAAAUGAGAAAGACUUGGAGGAAUGGAGGCAUGAUAUACCGAAAAUGAAUCUCGGUAAAAGUCUGAGUGAAAAUUUGCCAGUGAAGGUUAACAUACCAUCAGAAAACACUACUUUAUUCCUCCCUUCUUCAGUCCAAAACAGGGAAGACACAGAGGAGUGGAGGCAUGAUAUACCUAAAGUGAAUCUCAGUGAAAAUGUGAUGGAAAAUAUAACAAAGAAAGUCAACAUACCAUCAGAAAACACCACUUACUCAGUUCAGAACAGGAAGGACUUGCAGGAACAGCAGCAUGACAUACUCAGUGAAAACGUGACAGAGAAUGUACCAGUGAACACUUACAAACACAGUGCAGGUGUAAACAUUACCACAAACAUUAUCAGUGCAAGUAAUCAUAGUUUGCAGAUUGGUGACAAGGUGGAGAGCAUUGGUGAUGAUGAUGGAAGUGGUGGUGUCUCGUUACCUCCUGGUGAAGCCAUGACUGAGAGAGGGACCACCAGAGGCAGUCAUGUGAUCUGGGGUAGUGAGGAUGGUCUGGUGCAUAUGGGGAUGAGACCAAGACCCAGACCAAUACCCAGGCCAGUGAACAGACCAAGACAGCCAUUGAGAGUUGAGGCAACAGAACCACCAGCACAUGAAACAACUGACUUAACAAGCACUCACACACCAGAAUUAUCACCGUUUGUACCUGGAGUGUGGACGACAGACACACCUGUGGAGAUGUUAAGAGGUGUGGAAGGACUAACAGGUGAGGAAAAUGUUGAUACAGAAGACCAGGUGGGUACAAGCACACCUGAGGAAGUGGAAAUGACUACAGGUGACUUGACUGAGACACCUGUGGAGAUGCUAACAGGUGUGGAGGGGCUAACAAGUGGUGAUAACAUGGAUACAGAAGACCAGGUGGGUACAAGCACACCUGAGGACAUGGAAAUGAGUACAGGUGCUAAUGAUGUUACCUUUCUGCCUGAGGAACAUGUUACAGUCUCACCUGAGGAGUGGCUAAGCUCAACGCUACAAGAUGAUUGGCUGACAUUUAUGGAAAUUGACACACAAGAUCAUUCAACCUCACCGAUCUCAACACAUCUCCCACUCUCCCCAUCUCUCACCUCCUCUCUCUCCUCAUCACUCACACCCACACUGCCCCCAUCACUCCCCCCGACACCUUCCCCACAGGAUGCAAUAGAGGACAGUUUUAGAAUCACCACCAGAGGGCUUGACUUCCUACUUGAGGCAUCUCCAACUGGGCAGACUCCUGAUACCAUAGAGCUGCCUAAGGAUGACCUCUUCACCCUCGACCUGACCAUCACCACCACCAGGGAAGGGCUGAAGGUGGAGGCCCGUGAUGUUACCCUUGACCCAAGCCAGAUAGCCAAGGCCACGAGUUAUGAGGGGUCAUCUUAUCCCACGGCAACUAGAAGUGCAACCGUCACCACUACUUGGGUUGACGAGGAACAGCCCACGUCUCCAAGAGUUGAUGAAGAGAAGGCAAGCAGUGGGAAUGAUGCAACAGAAACAUCUGAUUUGAAGCCUGCAGAUUGGGACAUGCCAGCAUUCCCAAUGGAUUUGAUAGACAGUGACAGUGAAGCUACAGAGACUCAUGAGGUGGAUGGUGUUACUAUUACCUAUUCAUCCACUACUGAGAGAAGUAAUACAGAGACUACACCUAUAGCACUCCAGACAAGCCCAGAGGAUGAGAUAAAGAAGGAGUACAUGACAGAGAAUCCAACACACACCAGAUACAAGACACAGUACUCCAGCAUAAAGGAGGAGGACAUGACAGAGAACCCAACACUCACCAGAUAUGAGACACAGAACAGUGCACGUAGUCUCAGCUUCCCAGUAGUGGCAAAUGUGACAGAGACAAGGAACGAGAGCAUCACAAAGGGGAGUGAGACCCAAGUAGAGACUGUCAUGUAUGAGAUCCCGGUGGUGACAAGAAAUGGCGGGCCACAGCUGAGUGCAUCUGUGGUGGUGGCACUGUCUGUGUGCUGUGCUGUAGUGCUUGUCCUAGCAGCUCUCAGUGUGGCUCUUUGGGUCUGCCGCCGUCACAGAAACCGCAGCAAGAUUUACUUAAGUCGUGAGGCUGCCAAACCCCGCGCAUUCUUUACCCGACCAAUGAAUCCUGCUGUGCUACCAGAGGACAGCGAUCGAGAGGACGCUGUAUACAUGCUUGAGUUCCAGCGGCCAAGACCUCCCAUCCUACUUGGUGAUGACCACAAGGGGAUCUACUUCAUCAAGCGGGAGGAGGGGGCAGAGGAGUGCAGGGCGAGUCUGGGUGUUGAGAAUGAGGCAUUCUCUGAUGUUCCCUUGGGCGAGGCUGAUGAGGCACAGACGAGACUCGACCCACCGAAAUAUGAACUAAGGAGUAAACAGGACAGUGAUGCAGACUCUGGUAUACGUGUCUGGUCCUCCACUGGGUCGCUCCAUGCUGCUGCUUCCCCUCUCCCAGCUCACUGCAGGGUCCCACCGCCCCCCUACUCCCCCUCCAUCAGCAAGGAGUCUGUUUGUCUGACCGUGCACUCCCUACCUUCCCUGCCAAGGAAUUCUCAACUCUUUGAUGUGUGAAGGUGUUUGUGUUUUAUUUCCCUGUUUUAAGUUUGUCGUGUGACUCUGUUGUUUUGUGUGUGAGUGAUCUGUUUGUGUGCGUGUGUGAGUUUGAGCUCCAUGUUCUGUUAAGUUCUUUGUGUGAUUCUGUUGUUUUGUGUGUGAGGGAUCUG